AAUUGCAGCCCAACAACCCAAAUGGGCUUCCAUUUAGACCUCGGCUGUGCCACCCUGUCUAAUUUUGCUGGGACUGCUAUACAAAUAUCUGAACCGUCCAAUGCGAAGCGGCGCAGACGGGUCGGCCCAGAUGCAAUUAAAACCUCUGCUUCACUCUGCUGCUUGCCAUCAAUAGCCACCCACCUAUCUCCAACCGUUCUGCGCCCGUUGUUAUAUAGCAAAGCCCCGCUGGAGAUGUUCAUGCGUUCAAAGAGACCCAAGAGGAUAAGCAAAAUGAAAGCCCAGUCGUCCCAUCUCAUCGCCCUCUUCUUCUUUUUCUUCUUCUUGCUCUUCUGCGGUUUUGCUGCAGAAGCUGGUGAAGCGCUAGCAGGCCUGGCAGAUAAGUGUAGCAAAGAUUUUACUAAGGUGGUGUCGUGCCUGAACUACGCGAAGGGGAUUGCGAAUACACCCACGAAGGAUUGCUGCACUUCGGUGAAGGAAAUAAGGGACGAUGAUCCGGUGUGCUUGUGUUACGUUAUCCAGCAGACUCACAACGGUAGCGAGCAGAUCAAGAGUUUUGGUCUCAAGGAGGAAAGGCUGCUUCAGCUCCCUACUGCAUGCAGCCUGAAAAACGCAAGCGUUACUAAUUGCCCCGGCCUGCUCGGACUAUCUCCUAGCUCCCCAGACGCUGCCAUCUUCACAAAUGCUUCAACGGCAACACCCACUCCAUCGACAGGAACAUCAUCGUCACAGGAGACAGCUAAGGACUCCAAUAUUGGAUCUGGGCUUGGGCCCAACUCGGCUGGGCUGAUCGCGACGGCUAUAACCAUCCUCUUUCUCUUUGCUUUCCCAGUUGGGUCUCCGUCUGCCGCUACCUUCGAGUUGGGCAGUACAUGAGGAUUGAGAAGUUUCACCUAGCUCGGAGUAGCCAAGCUUCCUUUUUUCUCCGUUGUUGUAAUCGACCUUUCAGGACUUAGAAUACUUGAUUUGUCUUUGCAUCAUGUUGUUUUGGGUGACUCGCUUUUACAUUUAUCUUGAUUUGCUAUGUAUGCCGUAAUUAGCAACCUUUUUCUAAAUUGAGGGCCUCUGACAUUGGGUGUGCUA